CUAACUUCGUCUACAAGAGUACAAGUUUCAUUGACGAACUGGCUCUAUCGAUCAAUAAUAAAUACAUAAAUAAUUGAAUAAAUAAAUAAUAAAUGCAAUUGAGUGAAUGAGAAAUUCAGAGGUAAAUAAAUAAAUAAAUAAAUAAAAUAAAAUAUAAAAUAGAAUAGCCCCCGGUGAAAAUUUCCAGAUAGCUUUCAUCGGAAUCAAAACAAACCGGUGACAACGUCGACCUCAUCCCCUCGGAAGUGAUCAAAAAUAAUUGAUUGGAGUGUUCGAAAGCCUUUGGAAAUGAAUCUCAAGGAGCCAUCUCGUAAAAAGCGCGUCCGCCAGCAGCCCCAGCGCCCAUUUCCGAUCCCCCUCAACAAAAAUGACGAGUGGGUUAUGUACACAGCCCACCUGAGUGCCUCAGGAACUUGCAUCGCUCAUCCCGAGGAGAUGGCAGCUGUCUACUGCAUGGGGUCGUUCGGCAAGGGCUCGUUGUCCCGAGGGUUCCCCUCCUUCGGGAAACGUCGAUUCGGAGCUCCACCACAGGUCAAGGAGCGCCAGUGGAAGAGGAGGAAACGCUGGCUGGAGGACGUCCGAAAGUUGGAGGCAGAGCCUUUUCUAUUUUCAGCAGAGGCUUCCAACAAGGUUGACGAUGAUGACGAGAGCAUGAAACCCUCUUCCGUGGCUUCUGAGCCUCCAGAAGGUGUUACAGAUCCCGAGGGCAGUGGAAAUGCAACCGAAAGUGCUGAGAAAGCAUCAGAAGUCAUUGAAGACGAAGAAAAACCCUCGAAGGACGAGGAAAAUUCAGCAGAAGGUGAUUUAGCCCCUGAGACCAGUGGGGGUUCAUCAAAAAGUAUUGACGAAGUCCCAGAGAUCACCAAAAACGAUGAAAAAGAGGAAGAAACCUCGAAAACUGAAGAGGACUCGCCAGGAUUCGGUGGCAAAUGUGAAAAGAAAACAUCUGAAAGUUUAGAAAAAUCAAAAAUCAUCACAAAUUCGUCGAUAAUCGAUGAAAAAACUGAGGAGAACAAAACUUUGAUGACAACAGAUGAUGAAGUAGCAGCUCCAGACCCAGAAACCCCAGAAAAUUCCCAUCUAGACCCGAAAAAUCCCCCAGAAUCCCCGAAAAAAGACCAAGAAAAUGGCUCUGGGGCACUGGAACCAGCAGAAGACCCAGCACCAGUUGAAAUUUCCCCCAAAACUGAUGAAAAAAAUCCUGAAAAUGAGUCUUCAGUCCCAAAAACUGAUGACCAACCCCCUCCAGAGUCCGAAGAUCCAGAGAAUUCGUUAAAGUCCAAUCGAAAACUCGAGGAGAAUCAGGCAGAAGCCCCGGAUAAUCGAUCCCCAGUCGUCAGAUCCCUCGAAACUGAUGGGGAACUACCAGCAGAAGCCUCUCCAGCCCCAAAAACUUCUGAGAGGCCCUCGGAAAAAAUUCCCCAAGCCCGGAAGAACCAGAGGGAAAUCGACGAAGUCGUCCUGGACUCCACAGAAGACGAGGAAGUCCUCGAAAUAAUCGAUCCCAGCAAGUCGAUGGAGACUGAGUCCCAGGGGGACGACAUCUGCGUGUUGAACGACGAGAUGGAGGGCUCUCUGAAGCCGGACAAUUUCCAGGACUUCAUGCAGCUCCCUCAGGAGAAAACUAAGGUGAACCCCAACGAGAUGCUGGUGCUGCCGGACAGUGACUCGGACACUGAGAGCUAUCUCAAGACCAUUGACCCCAGGCUCGAGACCGAGGGCUUCCCUGUGGCAGAGACCCUGCAGCUGACCUUCGAGGAGACGUUCUUCCUGAUGUAUGGACUGGGCUGUCUUCAGGUUGUCAAUUACGAAGGACAGUUCUUCAGUAUUAUCGAGGCCUGGAGGCACUUCAAUGAACAGGAUGAGGGGUUCUUCAGCAGAUAUGUCGUUUAUCAUUACUUCAGGAGCAAGGGCUGGGUCGUCAAGCCGGGACUCAAGUGCUCUGGGGAUUUCGUGCUGUAUAAGAAGGGACCGCAGUUCUACCACGCUUCUUACAUCGUUUUUAUUGAAGUUGUGGAUGCUGAUAGUCUCCUGAGGGACGACAGCAAAAUGAAAAGGGAUUCCUCUUGGUUGAAUAUUCAUUGUUUGAAUAGAUUGGCACAAAGUGUUGCCAAGGAAUUAUUAAUCGUUCAAGUGCUCUGGCCCUCGACAGUCCCCAGGAGCAGCAGUCCAGUCCCCCUGGAGGCACUGUCAGAGUUUACAGUACGUGAAUUACUAAUAAGAAGAUGGAAUCCCAAUGAAACGUGUGAGCCAAUUCCCCUGGAUGACGAUGAGGACGAGGACUCCGAGGACGACGAUUCAUCUUAACUCCAGCAUCAUCUCCACAUUUUUCAAUAUUAAUUAACAUUUCCAAAAUAACUUCACUGUAUUUUUUAUCUCACUCACUGCGAGAUAGUUAUGUACAUAAACUAAGUAAAUCUAAAGAUUUCGACUUGUGAUUUAAAUUAGGUGUGAAGAGUCGUGAUUGUUCAGGAUGAAAUUAGAAAAUAGCAGAGUGCUUUCGUUUUUGCUUGGCACCCACUCCAGUCCUUCUGUACUGGCUCCUCUCGUUUAGGUACUCUUCGGUGCACUGUGCCACGAAUU